CCGUCAGCCGCGAACUCCAAACUUCCUGCUCUUCACGCGCUGCUGCUUCUUUAUUGCGUUAAAAUCCACCAUAACACGGUCGUUUUUGUCACAUUUACGGCAGCAUGAACUCUGAGCAGCCGACUGAAACCAGCCGCGGGGAAGAUACGUGUUCGGGAUCAACGCCGGAGCAGAGCGACGUGAAGAAAGCAGCUAACAAGCGAACGCCAUUUUCCAGAUUUAAGAGGGUGCACUCCAACUUCAAAUCACCUAUUCAAGUAACUGAGAGGGCCAAAGUUACUCCUGCAGAGGAGGUGGCCGAGCUAGAGCAGAGGAGAGAUCAGCUGGAUGCAGAGAUAGCACAGCUGGAGGCUGAGGGAUGCAUCGUAGAGGAGCUGGAACAUCAUAUUGAUAUGCUGCAUGAAUACAAUGACAUCAAAGACAUUGGACAAUCACUCCUGGGUCGUAUUGCUGAUCUGAGGGGGACCACCACACGAGAUCUCUACAGCCACUUUGGUCUGGAGCUGGAAGACUGAAAAUAUAAAUGAAAAUACAGUGGUGAUAAUGGUUUCCAAACACUGAUGGGAGGGAGGCAUAAGGAUGAAAACAAAGAAAAGGAGCAGAAGAACUUUUUGGUAGGAGUUUGGAUGUGGACUAAAGAUGUGAUUGUAGAAACUAUUGACCUGAACUUCCUCCUUUAGACAGAGAGAGAUCUGAUUAACGUCAGUGAGCAUGAUGACGUGACAAUGGUAUCUGUACAGCAGGCAGAUCUAAUAUUCAAGAGAUACCAUCUGCUCUGGACAAUUAAUAUAAGACUUUAACAGAAGACAAAUGUAUAUUUUAUAUGACUUCUCUCCGGCAUAUUGUUUGUGCAAGAAUAAAUUGAUGGGUGAGAAACUAAAACCAAGGAGAAAUGUAUCAGCAAGAUGUUGCUUCACCUUGCGCCUCAACACUUUGUCCCUUCCUUGUUAGCGAUUCUCCAAGUCUCUGAAUUCUGCCAGAGGCAUGAAUAUUCUACCACAAGAUAUUCUCUCAUUUGAUGAUGAUGAUGAUGCAGAGCGUUGUCAAACCCAUUAUUCCAAAAUCUCUCUCCGGUGUUGAGGUGGUUUAAAAUCUGGAGACAAAGACCAUAAGGUUUAAGCUAAUGGAGCCGUGAUGGAGAAUUAAUGUUCUAGAAAGUAUUUAUUUAAGCGACGUAGAAACACUGCAGUGCUUAUCCAUGACUUGGCCGCGAAAAAAUAUACAAUAUAAAUAUUUCCAUAGUGGCGAUGACAAAAGAGGCCCAAUCUCAAACAAAGCAAACAUAUAAUUAAUUUGUAUACUCCUCAAAUAGUCCAGUGAGCCCUUAUAGAGGCAUCUGCAUUUCCCUUGCCUCGCUGACACAUCUUUAAAUGCUCCUGAGACACAACUUUGAAAGGACUUGUUUUGUUUGGACAUUGGAGCUUAUCUAAAUGGGGUUUGGAUAAGGGUAUGCACGCAUGUAGACUUUAUGAUUAUCAGUUAUUUCUCUGAAGAAAAGCAGGAAUGCUGGACCUUAACGUGUGAAAUAAACGGCUUCAGCUCCUAGUAUAAUAUGUCUUGUAUAUUGACAACAUAAAAUAAGGUACCACCACACACAGUAUUUUUGUAUUUGUACUAACCCUAAUCACAUGAAGGAAACUGAACAAAUACGGAUACAUCGUGGUUGUAACAUUAGUUUUUGUGGAAUUAAUCCUCUGAGUGUAACUAUGUUCUGUUAUCAACAGUAAAUGCCUUGUUAAGGUGAAAGUGUAACAGUAAAAAAUAGUCCCUUCUUUUAACGCCCGUGUCUGUUGAAAUCAAUCAUAAUUGCGAAACAUUACAGUUGUAACAUCCCCCUGAAGCUCAUGUGAACAUCACUCACAAGUAUAUUUGACAACUGUCACACUCAUUCACAAUUUCCUGUCGUUUCCACGGGAUCAUCCAAAAGAAAAAACACAGGAGAAACGGCUUGAUAGCUACAUUACUUCCUUUUAUUUAAAAAAGAAACAAUGCAACAAUUAUGUUCAGUGUGCCUGGAACGUACGGUAAAUGUUCUGCACAGACGACGCGCACAAGUGGCAUAAUAUGCUGGGUGUGGCCUUAUCUGUCUGAGAGCCACUGAUAAUGUGUCUCCUUGGACUGAUAGCGGCUGUGUGAGUGUGCGAUGAAAAAGUUACGUGUACACUUUAAUCAGGUCAAAGCUCAUCCUAUUUUCUUAUCCUGAUCGCUGACCUUAUCGGUCAUACUGUGUUCAGUCUGGUACAUGGUCACUCACGAUGAUACCAGCUGAUAAGUGCUGAUCCGGGUGUAAAAUGCUGACUUAUGUGGUCGUCAUGUUUUGUUACACACGUGGUAGCUGUUUGAAAAUGAGUUACAAUCUGUUUGGUAAGAAUAGGACUUAUUUCUGUUUGUUGCUCCGUAAGAA